AACGGAAGACUUCCCACUUUGCACGUUGGCGGGCGGGCAGACAAGCAAGCAAGCAGGCAGAGAGCAGUGACAGGAGAAAGGACACACUCGCAAGAGACGAAGACAGUGGAGAGAGGCGACAACAAGUUGGACACUUCACUCAUUGUUUGCUUCGCCCAUCACGCGCGCGCACGCACCAAUAAUCGAUCUCCAAGUGGACUGAUCGUCGCGAGCGGCGUCGGGGGAGCAUGCGGCUCGCGUCUGUCUUCAGGCUCUUUGCGCUGUGGGCCUUUGUGGAGGUCGCGACCUCGGUAAGCAAGCCUGCCAAAAGGAAGGCGGCCGGGCGGAGGUCCAGACAAGUGUUGGAGACGGAGCCCGUGGAAGGGGUGUGGUCGACGUGGGCGGAGUGGUCCUCUUGCUCCCAGUCAUGCGGAGUGGGCGUGUCGCAGAGAAGCAGAAAGUGCCUGCCGCCUCCGCCCGCCCCUCCUUCCGUUUCUUACCCAUCACCCAACUGGGGCGGGUAUUUCCACCCUUCCCCUCAACUGCCACCCCAUCAUCGGGCACCCGAUCCCAACCGGGGGCUGCCGCUCUACCGAAAUACCCCGACGGGGGGCGGCGAUCUGCCGUCUCCUUUCUAUCAAACGGAGUACCCCGCAACCGCUCGGAACCGAGUGUCCGUGUACCGAUCGCCUCAGCGCGUGCCUUCGCCGGCCUACGAGCAGCAACAGCAGCGCAGCGUCAGGAGGCCCGGCGGCAGGAGGUCGGCCAGCACCGCUCGGGAGCCUUUGCCAGUCAGGAGGUCUUCAUCCAUCCGCCCAGGCCAGUUUGGCUACGGUAAAGUCCCCUUCUCCCUGCCUUUGCACCGGCCUAGUCGACAGGCUCGCCACACGGCCAACAGCACCAUCUCGGCCUCCUCGGCACCCCAACUGGCCGACGACGAGGGAGAGGAAGAGAGCGCAACCACCGCCGCACCCGCCAUUACUGCCACACCCCAACCGCGCGCCAGAAGUGAGCACAGGAGGGUUCGAGUUCCGCCCUCACCCCCUCACUAUCUGCUGCGGUCCCCAUCUUCAUCAUCAUCAGUGUUAUCCGGUCACCGCCGCUUUGACUGGCGCACCGUCACUGCCCCGCCCCCACCGCUCCCGGCUGGCUCGCCUCACUCGCAGCCGGCUGGCGCCUCUUUGGCCUACGCCUCCCCUCUGCACCGGCCCUUGCACAGAGAAAGGACAGUGCACGUGGGAUUGGGACCCCGGCCCCCGCAAGCCGGAAACGUGUACCCGCUUCGGCACCCCAUGGGACCACAUGUGGGCGAGGAGGAGGGUGGCUUUGGAGCGUGGAGAACGGCGCCCAACUACAGAUGCACCGGUCCCGAGAAGGAAUAUCGCAGGUGCUUCUCGCAGGUGUGCACUGGCAUCCCGCUGGACUCGCGGGCUGAGCAGUGCGCCGCCUUUAAUGCCAAAGAGUUUAUGGAUCGUCUCUACGACUGGGAGCCUUUCACUGAGGUCGGCCCCGAGAAGCAAUGCGAGCUGACGUGCCGCCCGGCGGGCUACCGCUUCUACGUGCGGCAGGCCGAGCGGGUGCGAGACGGGACACCUUGCUUCAACGUCACCUCCAACGACGUGUGCGUCCAAGGGCAGUGCCUGACGGAGGGCUGCGACGGUGUCCUGGGCUCCGGCCUGGCGCUGGACAAGUGCGGCGUCUGCGGGGGGCGGGACUCGGCCUGUCAGAAGGUGACGGGCAGCUUCCAGAAUGUCAGCGUUCCCCUCGGCUACCACAAGAUCUUGGACAUCCCGGCGGGGGCCACCUUCAUUAACAUCACCGAGAGACGGGCCAGUCCCAACUACCUGGCCAUGAGGAGCGCUACGGGGGCUUCGGUGGUAAACGGGCGCUGGGCCGUGGACCCCCCGGGGGAAUACCGGGCGGGCGGGACUACCUUCACCUACGCCCGACCUCGAGCACAGGCGGAGGGGGAAGACGAGCCAGGGGAGUCACUCAGGGCCCUCGGGCCCACCAGCGCACAGCUGCAGCUCUAUAUUAUUUACCACCAGCAGAACCCGGGAAUUGACUAUGAGUUCUACAUCCCCGUGGAGAAGACCGAAAGUGAGACACCCAGUGAGAGGCAAUCGCAGGGGAGGGCGCCCCUUCGUGCCGCCCUUGGCGUGACCAUCGACGAACCUGCGCCUGCCGCCAUUUCUCCUCCUCUUUCCGUCCCUUCUUUCCCCUCCACCUCCUCCUCCUCUUCCCUAUUCGUUCCCCCGUCGUCGCAGCACUGGGCCGCAGGGAGGUCGCCAUCUCGGGCCUCGGCCCCCAAUCGCAACGCUCGCAUCCCGCCUCGCACCGACCUGCCGCUGGACACGCAGUUGCCCUUCGCGUGGAGGAGGGGGUCGCUGACCCCGUGUUCUGCUUCCUGUGGCAAAGGUCAUCAGUCUCGAGAAAUCAUCUGCAUUGAUCGCCAUACGGAGGAGCAAGUGCCUGAGAGGAAAUGCGACUCCGCCGCUAAACCGGCACCAGAAGAGGAGCCUUGCAAUACGCACGGCUGCCCACCAUUCUGGGAGGUGAGCGCUUGGUCCGAGUGCAGCGUGUCGUGUGGGCCUGGCGCGCAGCAACGGCAGCUGCAGUGCAGGCAGACUUUCGGCAACCGCUCCACCAUGGUCCACCCACAGCGCUGCGCCGGACAGGUUCCACCCGAGUCCACCCAGGCCUGCCAGCUGCAGCUCUGCUCGCACUGGGAGGUGGGCUCCGACUGGAGCACGUGCUCGGUGGACUGCGGCGUGGGCAAGAGGACGAGGAGCGUGCGCUGCGUGAGCGACGAGGGCAGUGUGGUCAACGACAUGGAGUGCGGCUCCCGGGCUCAGCCGCUGGGCAGCGAGGAGUGCAACAUGGGCCCCUGCGUCACCAACUGGUAUUCGUCCGCUUGGUCCGCCGCCUGCUCGGCGCGUUGCGGCCCCGGCGUCCAGAAGAGGGAGGUGGUGUGCCUGACGCGCGGAGGCGUCCGAGAGGGCCAAGGAGCGGCGGACUGCGUCGCCGACAAGCCGGCCGAGCUGAGAGCUUGCAACGGUGGUCCUUGUGUGCCCGUCGCCAGUUGGUACAGCGGCCCGUGGACGCAGUGCAACGUUCGGUGCGGGAACGGAACCCAGCGUCGGGACGUCAUCUGCGUCCAGAAGUCAGGCGACGAAUUCACCACGCUGCCCUCAGCCCAAUGCGCCCACGAGGACAAACCAGCCGCCGUGCAGGAGUGUGAGAUGGGCGAUUGCCAGCCGCAGUGGUUCACGACCGAGUGGAGCGCGUGCUCUCGCUCUUGCGGGAAAGGCCUCCAGAUGCGGGAGGUGCGGUGUCUGACUUCGGACAGGAGGCACAGCCCAAACUGUGACGCUGGCGCCAAGCCCGACCAGGAGCAAAGCUGCAACAGUAUCCCUUGCGGCCCUCAAGUCACAGACGAGAACUGCAGGGACCGACGCCACAACUGCGUGAUGGUGGUGCAGGCCCGCCUCUGCGUCUACUCCUACUACAAGACGGCCUGCUGCGCUUCCUGCACGCACAGCGCUGCGCAGCGCGCUAAGAGACAUUGACGGGAAACUCACAGCUUCCAGAUCGGGUCCCGGUUGCAUCCCCCCCCCCAUCUAUUUUAAACAGAUGCACUCCUCCAACUCGAAGGGCUCAACUUAUUUUUUUGAAAUCAUCCCAGUGGGGGGCACGGGAAGUACCCAGCGCACAACAGAGAUGUGCCACUGAUCAAGGUUGGCCGUGAUCAUUCCCACGGCGGCGCAGACCUCCCUCUCGGAGAUCGUCUGCCAAGUGACCAACAUUGCAUGGGUCAAACUUGAUUUUUUGCAGAAAUUUGCCAGGCGCUGUGCCAGAUUUCCAAAAUUAGAGCCCUGGAAGGAAAACUACAAUAAGCGCAUCAUGCGGGGCAAAGCGAACUGUUUUGAUUUUUUUGUCUUUGUGCACACCGCAGCCUCUCUAUGGUCAACCGACCGAGGAUUUCCACCGUCUUUGUUUGCCAAAAAUAUUCCCUUCAAGUGCCCUUCUCGCAUUCUUCUUUUUUUGAAAGAUAAACCAAAGGAGGCAGUGAAUGACCAAAUGUGUUAAAAUGCGCAAAAAGUCAACGUGAUAGCACAGCAAAGGUGAAAUUAAGCUGAAUUUAAAUCGAGCUAAUUAUCAUGAAAUCACAAACUGACCAAGAUCAUAUUCACUGUGUCCAAAUCCAAUAAUUCGCAAAAGUCUUGUUAUUCAUCCAUCCAUUCAUCUUCUCAUCCUCUUGCGGGCGUGCUGAAGCCUCUCCCAGCAGUCUUCGGGCGGUCUGCCUUUAAAAAGAAAAACCCACCCAGUAAAUAUUGAGCACAAUGUGCUGAUCGAUCAACUGUACAUAUUGUGUGUAUGUGUGAGGACCUUCAUCGGUUCCAUUUUUUUUUUUUUUUUGUACCUCCCACACAGCACAAAAUCAGUAGCCACGCUCCCACUUGUAAGGUGAGCCAUGUGUAUAUGAUGUAUGUUUUUCUUGUGUAUAAGACGUUUUGAACAUAGUAAGCGCUUCUAUUUUUUAACUCAGUAUUGUAUAGUUGACAUAGAAGGAUUUUAUCCACAGCUAACUAGCAUAUCGCUGACUUGAAGAGAAUCUCUCAGUCUGUUUAUCUGUCUCUCCUUUGUAGCCACUUUUGAAGUAUAUGAUAAAGAAAGAAAGGACAGUAAUUUAUCUGUAUCAAAGAACAUGUAAUUUAUUUUUGUGCUAUUUCUCCCCCUAGCAACCACCAGAUUUUUAUUACAAAGGCACCUUUUGUUUCUGCGUGCACACACACGCACGCGCGCACAUCUCAUAGUACACAAAACAGUGUGACACACUUACGACCUUAAUGCUUAAGUCAACAGAAUAAAACUAAAAAAGCGGAUCAA